AUGUCUGACGUACAAGCAAGACCAGCCGCCUCGCGCGGCAGGGGCUCUGGUCGAGGCGGAAGAGGUGGCUUCACCAGCAGGGGAGGACGAAACGCCUCUCGCUCCGCUGCAGCUGCAACCAACGGCGACCCAAAGCACGACUUUGAAUCCAACGCCCUACCAACCCUCGAGGACCAAGGAGAGAUUGGCGACCUGAACAAGACCUUCGGCUCCAAGGUCUCGCUCAUCAAGGAGGUCUUCCCAGACUGGUCAGAGGUCGACAUCCUGUACGCUCUUAAGGAGACCGACGGCGACGAAACUUCGACCAUCGAGCGCAUCGCCGAUGGUACCAUCUCACAGUGGGGCGAGGUCUCCAAGCCAAAGGACAAGAAGGCCAAGUCUAAGGCUAAGGACAACACCUUCACCACCACGACUGGCGCCGAUUCCCCAGCCGUCACGACUGCCCGAACCACUCGAGGUGGCCGAACCGAUGGCGCACGUGGCCGUGGCCGUGCUACCGAGCGCGGCGCCCGCGGUGCCGCCCGUGGCAGAUCUUCAACCGCGACGACCAAUGGGCGCCUCAGGGAGAACCAGCCUCUGUCCGUCCCCACAGAGGACUCCAACGCCUGGGAUGCCACCAAGAAUGACAAUGACGGCGGCUGGGCUGCUGGCGCUGCUGCUGUUGCCGCCGAGAGCGCUUGGGAUAGCAAUGCCGCCUCUGAUACCACUUCUGCUGCUCCUCCUCCUGCUGCUAGACCCGCCGCCGCUCCUGAGCCUGCUCAGUCGACUGUCAUCCCUCAAGGGACCGCAAAGACCUGGGCCAGCAUGCUCCGACAGUCGACCGCCCUGAAGCCCGCACCUCAGCCCCCCAAAGAGGCUCCUGCCCCCGUUCCAGAAUCCGAGCCCGAGCCCGCUGUCGAACCUCUCCCCGCCCCUGACGAGCCUCCCGCACCGGCGCCUGAGCCCGCCGCCGAACAGAUCGCUGAGCUUUCUGCUGAGCCUGCGCAAGAGCAAGCUCCUGCAGAGAAACCUAUGGUAGUCGUGCCAGAAGUUGCUUUGACGCCCUCCCAGGACCAGUUGACUGAGACGAACCUUGAGCAGGUUGUCGACGAAUCCCACCCACCUGUGACAGAGACAGCUGCCAGUGAGACCGCCGACUCGUGGGACCCGCGAGCCUCCACCGUCAGCGCAAACGCAACGCCGAUCUCCGCCUCUCACGCCCAGCACCAGGGCUCAGAAGGCACCCACGACCAGACCCAACGGCGGUUCCUGAACCAGGAAGAGGCUGUGCGCAUGCCCCAGGCAGCCAACCAGCAGCUGGAGCGCGCUACCGUCCAGUUUGGUGCCUUUAACCUGAACGGAAGCGAGGACGACAUUGAUGCUCCGGUAGCCCAGCCACCGAUUCAGCCAGCCGUACAGCAGCAGUACGGUCGAUUCGGCCAGCCAACCGCCCAGGAGCAGCAGUCCCCGUUCCCUCAGAAACCUUUCGACUCGUACAGCCAGGCCAACCCAUCUGCGGCCCAAUCCCAGUUCGAGGGCUUCCCAAGUCAGCAGCAGUCGCAGCCUCAGAACCAGCAACCCGGUGGUGCUUACAGCUCCUCGGCCGACCAGUAUUCCUCCUUCUACACCGCUGAUCAGCAGAACCGCAACCCGUACAACUACUACGGGCAAAACUACGGCCAGCAGCAGCAGACGAGCCAGGCCCCACAGGACAGCGGUCUCGCUGCACGGGCUGGCUUUGGUGGAUACGGCGCCUCGCAGGGUGAUUUGGCCAGCCAGUACCCUCAGAGUGCUAACCAGUCCCGAUUUGGGGCCGCCGUUGCUCAGGACCCGAAUAGCGGUAACACCACGCCCAACCCAACUGCUCAAGGCCAGCAGCCAACGGCCCCUAGCCACCCGCAGGGCCUCGCCGGUCAGCAUCAACAGCAGCAGCAGCAGCAGCAUGGGAAUCAGUUCUACAAUCAACCAUACUAUGGACAGUUCUACUCCAACUACAUGAACCAAUACGGUGGCUACGGCCAAGGUGGUUUCCCAUAUGGCAAGGGUGGCGGCCUCUAUGGUCAGCCACACCACUAUGGGAUGUCUCAGCAACAGACCCCGUUCGAACAUGGAUCGUCGCCUGCGACUGGAUAUCCACAGUCUUCUCUGCACCGCAACGAUAGCGGUGGCGUCGGGUCUGGCCUAGGCGACUACGGCCGCGCAGGGUCCGCACAGUCGGGUGCUCAGCCCGGCCUUGGAAGUGCCGGCUUUGGGGGCAUCCACGACACCUUUGGCCGUGGGGUUUCCUAUGGCGCCCAAGCGGGUCAGUCGUUCAACGCACCCGCCACUCAGCCGGCUGCGUCCAGCGCUGAGAAACUGGAGCCAUAUGGCGACGCCAAGGCAGCAAGUGGGCCCAGCCCUUCACUCGUUGGAGCCAGGCCCGGCUCUGCCACCAAUACCGGCCCGUCCCAGGCUGGUCUCCCCCCUCCGCAGUCUGCCCAGCCGGGCAUGGGAUACGGCGGCUAUCCCAGUCACCUGCAGGGCCACGGCGGCCUGCAUGGCGCCCAGUCUGCAGCGACAGGCUACGGCAUGGGGGCAGGAUCCGGCCAGGCCCAUCAGAACAGCCCCUACUCUGCCUACGGCGGUUUCGGUGGCAAUAGCUACUACGGCUCCGGAGGACCUCGCCAUGGCGGCUGGGGCUCGAACUAUGGUGGAGGCAGCAACUUUUAG